CCCAGCAAAAACAGCCCAGGCGGCGGGGAGGGCAGACUCGUCCUGGACACCGGCGCUCAGGGCACCAUGAGCGGCCGAGUUGGGGACCUGAGCCCCCAGCAGCAGGAGGCGCUGACCCGGUUCCGGGACAACCUUCAGGACCUGCUCCCCACGCUGCCCAAGGCUGAUGACCACUUCCUCCUGCGCUGGCUCCGAGAACCAUUCUAAAAAGAUUUACAGAAAAGUUGUGAAGAGAGUACAGAAAGUUCCCAUAGAUGCUGCACACGAACACUUGACUUUCAUAUCCCGGAACUUUGACCUGCAGAAAUCAGAGGACAUGCUCCGUAAGCACAUGGAGUUCCGCAAGCAACAGGACCUGGACAACAUCCUCGAGUGGAAGCCCUCAGAGGUGGUCCAGCGGUACGACGCCGGCGGCCUGUGCGGUUACGACUACGAGGGCUGCCCCGUGUGGUUCGACAUCAUUGGGACCAUGGACCCCAGGGGCCUCCUCCUGUCAGCCUCCAAGCAGGAGCUGAUCCGGAAGCGCAUCAGGGUCUGCGAGCUGCUUUUGCACGAGUGUGAGCAGCAGAGUCAGAAGCUGGGCAGGAGGGUCGACACGGCUGUGAUGGUCUUUGACAUGGAAGGGCUGAGCCUGAGACACCUGUGGAAGCCAGCAGUGGAGGUUUACCAGCAGUUUUUUGCCAUUCUGGAAGCAAAUUAUCCGGAGACAAUGAAGAAUUUAAUUGUUGUUCGAGCUUCUCAAGGGAGUUUGUGUGUUCCAGCCCCCAAGCUGUUCCCCGUGGCCUUCAACUUGGUCAAGUCGUUCAUGGGUGAGGAGACCCGAAGGAAGAUGGUGAUUAUGGGAGGCAACUGGAAGCAAGAGUUGCUGAAAUUCAUCAGCCCCGACCAGCUGCCCGUGGAGUUCGGGGGGACCAUGACCGACCCCGAUGGCAACCCCAAGUGCCUGACCAAGAUCAACUACGGGGGCGACGUGCCCCAGCAUUACUACCUGCGCAACCACGUGAGGGUGCAGUACGACCACCAGGCGACCGUGGGCCGAGGCUCCUCCCUGCAGGUGGACAACGAGAUCCUGUUUCCGGGGUGCGUGCUCAGGUGGCAGUUCGCGUCGGACGGAGGGGACAUCGGCUUCGGGGUUUUCCUGAAGACCAAGAUGGGGGAGCGGCAGCGGGCUGGGGAGAUGACGGAGGUGCUGGCCAGCCAGCGCUACAAUGCCCACAUGGUGCCCGAGGACGGGAGUCUCACCUGCACGGAAGCCGGUGUCUACGUCCUGCGCUUCGACAACACCUACAGCCUGAUACACGCCAAGAAGAUCAGCUACACCGUAGAGGUGCUGCUCCCCGACAAGGCCUCCGAGGAGAAGAUUCAGGGUCUCGAGGACUCAAGACAGUCCCCACUGCAGUGAAGACCCCGCCGCCCCUGUGCCCGAGCUCUCCGACCCCUCAGCACCCUGCUCUGUCUUUGCCCUUCCAGGCAGAGCGGUGCUGGAGGGGACCACGGAGAGCCUCCCACCUCACCUCACCUCGCUGUCUCAGCUCCUUGUGGGCCCGCCUGGCUCGGUGGCCCAGCAGGAAGGGGACCCCCGGUGUGUGGAUCACGGGAAGAUCCUGGCAGACACCCCAUCCCCUGUUCACAGAGAGCCAGUGUCCAGGAGGAAAGAUCCUGCCUGCAGAACCUGCCCUUGUGUCCUUCCCGACAAGGUCCCCGCAUCCUAGGGCACACCCACGCCUGGCCCUGGUUUGGUGGAGGUGUGCCUGAGCCCCGGCUGCAGGGAGCACUGCUCAGGCCUGAAGAGCAGGGAAGCCCCAUUCUCCGCACGUAGGGGCUCAGCAGGGAUGCACCGCAGGGCUGGCUGAAGGCGGCUGGGGAGAGGGAUGGGCAGGCCUGCGGGGGGGGGGGGUGGCGGGCAGCGGCGGGGGGGGGGGGGGGGGCGGUCUCUGUUCUGGCAGAGCGUCAGCUCUCCAGGUUGGCUCUACCGCCUUUGGAGGGAAAAUCAGAAAUAGAGAGUGAGCCAUCAGUGAAGAGCCACACUCAGCCUUCCGCAAAGCCGAGUCUCCCGGGAAUUCCCAGUUUGUCUCUCACCCCGUCCCCACCCGCUGUGAUCCAGCCGACCUCCAGCCUGGUUUCUUUCUGGCUCUGAGUGGGGCCAGGACCCAAGCAGAGCUGGAGGGAGAUGCAGUGGGCGUGCUGGGGUGCAGAGUGGAGCUGCCAUCCCAGGGCACCCAGCCUGGACUCAGACUUGCUCCUUAGGAGAACCAUCAGGCUUUUCCUCCAUCUUUGCGUCUCACCAGGGGGACAGCUGAAGGUCGGCUGCCAACCCUUCCCCUCCCGCGCCCCAAAUGCGACUCAGCAGCAGGCCAGUGAAGGCUUUGUUCCUCAAUGGCUGGCUCUCCUGGGGCCCACAGCCCACAGUCAGGAUCACUGCCGGCUCUGCUGGAAGGACUGCACCCAGCAGGAAGCUGCCAAGCUGACUGUGGCUCUGAGGUUGACUCUAGUUGUCAAUGAAGCCAUCCACCAGGGCCUGAGAGUGCUGCCCCACGACCCUGCACCCUGCCCCCUGCCCUCUGGCUGGGCCAGGCCAGCGGCCCCCAGUACCUCUGAAGAUCCGGCCCCCGGCUCUGGAUUCCUGCUCCCGUACUGCUAUCCCACAGGGUGGAAUGCUGGCCACUCGGGUGACGUCCCCAGGAGUGAAUGGCCAGACGUCCCUGUGAAAGGGGUCCUUGCUGCCAAGUAUUAGCAUCCUGGCCGCCCAGGCCCUUCCCAGGGACUGCAAGCCUCCUUGAGCCCCACUCUCCAGGUGCUUCACCAGCAAGAAGCCCCCCUCUGGUCCCUUCCCCACUUUCAAACUCUGUGCUCUCAUCUUCCCUGGUUAAUAAGAGGUUUCUCGAUUUCCCAGAGCCUGUUUUAGGCAAGGAAAUAAUGAGGCUUGGGAAGGUGGGGGUCUUCCAGUGAGCCAGGUGAGGCCCCAGGCCUCCUUCUGCGGACCCAGCCCUCCAUCCACCAAGAACGAUAGAGCACAGAGUCUGAGCAGGGUCUCUGCCACUAUGCAAAGCAAACUAACUGAAUGCCAGUACUUUCCUGGUGGUCCAGUGGUUAAGAUUUCACCCUCCAAUGCAGGGGGUGUGAGUUUAAUCCCUGACUGGGGAGUUAAAAGUCCCACAUGCCUCAGGGCUAGAAAACCAAAACAUAAAGCAGAAGCAAUGUUGUAACAAAUUCAAUAAACACUAAAAAAACAUAGUCUACCUCAAAAAAUCUUUAAAGAAAGAAAUAAAGAAACUGAAUAUCAUAAGCCAAUGCUGCAAGGCACUCUGGUCCAAAGGAGUGUUUAAAUCAUUUGGCAAGAAAAAAAAAACAAAAAAACUGCCCCACCAUCACCAAGGGGACGGCCUGGGUCCAUCAGGAAAAAAUUCACACAGCAUCUCAAGUCCAAGAGCAUUCCCACAUCCCGGAUGUGGUAGGCUUUCCCAUCACCCCACUUGCACAGGUCACCCUCUGUGCAGCCUCCCAGUUGAAGGGACAUCUAGAGCCCUCCAGGUCCUGGCUUACCAGGGCCAUCUUCCCACCGCCCGUGGCAGGCUGUGGAGGGCACAGCCAGCGGGGGGAGGGGGACCCUGUGCAAGGUUUCACUGGGCCCAACUGUCAUGACGGCGACUCCCAGUGCUUUCCUGCCACCUUCACAUCCCUUGCCUAAAAACAAGAGGUUUGUGGAUAUGAAUGCUGACCCUGGCCUUUCUAACCACCUUUCUAACCACCACUUUAAAAAGGAAGUAGCCCAGAAAGGGGCUGGUUUACCCGGAGCUUGUUUUCUUGUUUGUUCACUCAUUCAUC